CUUCUGACUGGAGAAGAUGCCACGUAAGAAGGUGACGGACGUGUCGGGGAACGGCGGGGUGAAGAGGAAGAGGGCGAGCGGCAAGAGGAAAGACCGGGACUUCAGCAGCGACGAGGACUUUGACUUCGAGCAGGAGAAUAACAAAAAACCCAGCAAGCCCGCCGCCAAGUCGGGCCUGCAGCCCGUCACCGUGGCGGACGACGUCAAGGAGAAAAUAAAACUCGAGUUACCAAAGGUCAAAGGUCAGCUGCUCAUCUUUGGCGCAACUAACUGGGAUUUGAUUGGACGGAAGGAGGUGCCCAAACAACAAGCUGCUUUCCGUAACCUGGGUCAGAACCUGUGGGGUCCACACCGUUACGGCUGUCUGAACGACAUCCAGGUGAGCUGCGUGGCGUCCGGUCCCUGCGCCGCUCACAGUCUCCUCAUGACCACCGAGGGCAAGUUGUGGAGCUGGGGUAAGCUGCGCCGGGCGCUCCGCUAG